GUGAGACGUUCCCUAAGGAGCCGAUUUUUAGUAGUUCAGUGUACGGUGAUUUAAGUGUUUAAUAUAAACGAGAUGGAAGAGGAGAGUAGCUGUCAAUACGCGAGUAAUUCCGAAAAGUGUCCUGUAGCAACUGUCACCCCAUUUUUUAUAAAUGAUAUUUUGAAACGUAAGGAGGAAGCUAAGAGGUUGGCUGAAGAUGAAGAGGUUCAGGAGUCCGCUUUGGAUAUGUCUAAGACACAUUCGAGAGAUGGCAUGGAUUGUUCGAGUCCAGAUCUGCCUCACUUGCCUCCGGGAUUUGCCUCGCCUCGCCUCUCGGAAGAUUCUGGAAGGGAGUCGAGCAGUUGCGGAUCGGCCAAUCAACCGAGUCGUAAGAAGAGGUCACGUGCCGCAUUUACGCAUGCGCAAGUGUUCGAGUUGGAGCGCAGGUUUAGUCAGCAAAGGUACUUGAGUGGCCCUGAGAGAGCUGACUUGGCAGCCGCUUUAAAACUGACCGAAACACAAGUAAAAAUUUGGUACCAAAAUCGACGCUACAAAACCAAACGUAAACAACUGCAAAUGCAAGAAUCCACAAUGCUCAACUCCAAUGCGAGAAAAGUUGCCGUAAAAGUCCUAGUCAAAGACGACAUGCCCUUGUUCCUACAACAAAAACCGCCCUUAUACCAAAAAAACCCUUAUUACCCGGAUCCGUCGAAACCGGACUUUUUUGUUUACGACCAACUCAGUAAAACUGUUGUACAAAAAUACCCGAAAAACUUACAAGAAUCCAUGCUGAACAUUUGCCAGCAAUACAAUCAGAUGCAGUUGUUUCCUUACUUCAAUUAUUACCAUCCUGCUCUUAUGGGGCAGCUCAAUCAGCAGGAAGACGAUGUAGGGUCGGAAAGUAGAGAAUAGACGUAGAGAUUUUAAGGGUACCAAAGACUAUGCUUUUAAAAAUUGUUUAAUUGCACUUAAUUUUUUUUAAUAUAUCUUAUUGGCUUGAGAUUGUAUGUUCAUACAUACAAAAAGGCAAUUCACUGAUGUUCUUAAUGGUCCUAGGUUGUAUAUAAGUCAUGUUCCAAAUAGAUUGUAAUAUAUUGUAAAUAUUGUAGUAUUACAUUAAUAUGAUAAUUAUUUUUAGUCAUUUCUU